AUGAGGCAUCUGAUGACUAUGAUUAAAGUUGUUCUUAGGCUGGUCUACAUGCUUAGGAUGUGUGGGUGGUGGUUAGAUGUUUGCACGAUUCAGAUGUUUGGUUCUUCGCCCUGGAGUUUUGUAUUUGAUGAUCCUGACGAUGAGGAUGGUUCAUUACAAUUUUUGGUUGAUGAUCCAGUACCGAAGGUUGCUCGUGAGACUUUGUUAGAAACUGCAGUGUCAGUGAGUGUUAUUUUUGUCAGUGUAUCCGACCCAUUCACUGAGAUUCCAGCCGGCAUGCUUCUGUUUCAAAUAUGCAUAUCAUUUAUUAUGGAGCAUUUCGGCCUCUGGACCACGAUUGGGUCCCUUCUACGUUGCUGGUUCACUGGCGUCGGUUGGGCGCUUGGUCUGACAGACUUCCUUUUGCCAAGACCAGAGGACAACAUUGGUCUGGACAAUGGAAAUGUUGAACCUGACAGGCCCAUGGCUGCGCUUCCAGCAGCUGAUGAUCAUACUAGAAGAAGUCUCCUCUGCACUGGGAUUGUCAAGACGGAUGAUGAAGAACAGUCUGUAUCAUUAUCUGUGCCUAUAUUUGAUUUCUUAUACUACUCUGAUAUAAAAUAUGUUUGGUUUUUGAAGAAGAUAUAG